AUGGGGGGCAAGCCGCGCCUCGAAUUCCUUCGCGGAUGGAUCGGGAUCGCGAUCGUCAACGCGAGGGAGCGCCCCGCGGUCGCGAUGUCCUUCGCAGUGGGCGCCGCUGCCGUGCUCCCGGCCGCUUGUGCCGCAGUCACCAUCGCCUUCUUCAUCUUCGUCGUUUUCUUCGCAGCCCUGAGCUUCCCGAUCGGGGUGACCACGGCCGUGUGGUGGGUCAGCACGCGGGUCCUCGUCAGGCAUAAAACGAGCGACUCUGAGAUCAAGAUCGCCGAGCCUUCCGCCAAACCCGAGGCGGUUCCGGCGGCGGAUCCCCCGCGCGACGCCGUCGCGCCCCGCGAGCUUCCGGUCGACGUCGACGACGACCCCCGCGCGCUGGCCACGCCCCGGCCGCACGACCCCUUGUCCACCACGAUGACCACGAUGAGCGCGGAGGACCUGUCCACCACGCUCACGUCCGCGGGAUUAUCCGACGGCGAGCAAGACGACGAGGCGAACGACCCCACCGCGUGCCUCACCCACCGCGGGCUCGACCUGAGGGACGUCCCGUUUAACUUUCUCCCGAAUCUCGCGUCGCUGCGUCGCGUGCGAGUGCUCGACUUGGGGGGGAACGAACUGUCGCAGCUCCCCGGGCUCGAGCUCCUCGCCGGGACGUUACAGCACCUGCGGCUGUCGAGGAACUGGUUCGCCGCGGUGCCCCCCGAGGUGAAAGAGCUCUGGGCGCUGCGGGAGCUGGACAUGUCCCGCAACUUUGUGCGCAACACGGAAGACGCGCUGCCCCUCGCCGCGCUGGCAAAGCUGGAGCACCUGCGGGUCCUGGACUUUCGGUACAACCGCAAGCUGUUCAAGCAGGAGACGGUGGAUGCGUUGCGGACGAUGAUACCUCAGGCGGAGGUUGUCAAGUUAACGGUGAGCUUCCCCGCGCCGGAGGGUUCCUUCGUGGGUGCCAGGCCCAGCGACAGGGACGCCGCCACGCUCCGAGCGCAGCUGGAGCCGUGGAGCACGCUCGCGCUGCGUCGCCGCCUCGUGGAGGACUUCGGGGAGCCCCCGACGGACCCAGAGACGGUGCAGCGACCGGAGGUGAUGGCGCGGCUGCUCGAGCUGUACGAGGAGGAGGGCGGCGCGUUAGGUCGGCGCGUGGUGAGAGUGAGCGGAACGCCGGUGAGCGUCGGCGCUUGUAACGCGUUGCUCAAAGAGCUGCGGGAGUGGAGCGCGCGUCGCAAGAAGGGGGCGAAGGGGCACCAGCAGGAGCGACCGUCCAUCUCCGCGGAGUCCUACAUGAUCAUCAGGUCCCCGACCGACUUCGAGGCCAAGCUCGGGGCGGGCAGCAGGAAGGCUCGGCAGGCGGCGGAUAAGUUUGCAAAGUACGCCAAACUGUGGGAGCUCGCGGAGUCGGCGCUGCGGGAGGUGGAUCCGGCGUUCGCGGACAGCUUCACCGCCCUCGCCGUGACCCACGGCUUCCGCGGGUCCCCGCACAUCGAUAAGCAGAACAUCGGGCCGUUCUACGGGCUGGCGUUGGGGGAUUUUCCCGCGGGGAGCGGCGGUGUGUGCGUGGAAUGCGACGCUCGCACCGUCGCCGUGGUGGACACCCGGGAAAAGUUGGGCAAGGUGGACGGACGGUUCCCGCACUGGGUGGCGCCGUACAUCGAGGGCGCGGAGAGGUACUCGCUGAUCUAUUAUCAGACCAUGGGAGAGCCGACGCCGAUCACCACGGCGGUGUUCGGAGCGGACGCUCAGCUCGCCGCGUUGGACGAGGAAUAG